UAAUAGCUGAUAAAUGGUUGUCUUUCCACGGUUGAUGCUAAAACAUUUUUAAAGUCAAAAGCAGUAUAUCUCGUUCCAAUCAUUUUAGAAAUAAACAAUUCUGUGAUGGAUGCGACAGAUGACAUUCUAACCUCUAAUUGCAAGUGGCGCUGUUUAUAAGAGAGGUUACGUUUUCCUUCCGCUGUCCGCUAUCACAUGCGUAUGUACUUCGUAAAUGGCAGAUACACGGAUCCACACGAUUAAAAUUAUAAUAAAAUGAUAGUUUGAUACAAUGACGUGAUUGCAACGAUUUAUAAAUAUUUAGAAAAUAUGUCAUUAUUCCCUGCAUACUCUGAAAAUGACGGCACUCCACAAUUGUCUGGCAGCAUCCCACAGAAACCUGAAGAUAAAACAAAUUGGUUGUCAAAUUCAAGCUUUGGAGCAGAUGUCACACUUAAGAAAUCAACGAUUACAAUAUCGGAUUCUUCGUCCGAUGAGUAUCUGGAUGCUGAUGAAUCUCAAGCGCAAGAAAGUUACAUCGCUGAAACACUACCUCCAUUGGUAGUUCACAGCGAGGAUAAAGUUAUUGAUAGUGCAAAACAUGUCAAAAGACAUAAAAAAGAGUCAAAAAAAUAUAGAAGUUCAAAAUCAAAAUGCAAGACUCCGCUCGAUGUGAAAAAUGUAUUUUUUGAAGAUAGGCACAGAGAUAGAGGCAACUGUACCGUCGAUACUCUUUGUUCACGUGUUCGCCCAUUAUAUAAUGUCGAAAAAAGACAUUCAGCAUGCAUUUCAAGGAAGCAUUUUUUAAAAGAUUCUUUCCAAAGAUACCAUGUUAAAAAUCUUGAUGCAGAGAGAUUAAAAAAAAAAGAUACAGUCAUUAAGAGAGAAUCUCGAAAAGCAGAUACUGAUAAUAAAGAAGAACUGCCAAGUUUUUGUGUCAAUUUAGAAGAGGAGUAUAAGAAAAGGACACAAGAAUUCAAUGAAAAACUAACACAGAAUCCUAAUGAUAUUACACUAUGGCAACAAUAUGUAGACUUUCAGGAUCUCUUUGCUAAGUUCCAAAACCAUUUAGUGACAAGGGAUAAUUAUGUGACAUCUUGUCAGAGAAAGUUAUCCAUCGUUGAAACAGCUUUAAAAAAGAAUCCAGAAUCUACAGAGUUAUUUAAACUGAAAUUAUACUUAAUUGGAGAAACAUUACCAGCUGAUCAAUUUUCCAUGGAGCUAGAAAAAUUAUUAAACAAGGAUUCCCAAAAUAUGAUUCUUUGGCAGACUUUAAUUAUGACAAUGCAAGCGUCUGUUGCCAUUUGCACUGUACCUAAAGUUUUAAGUUAUUUUUCAAAAUAUUUUUGCACACUUCGACAAAGGGCAAAAGUUACUUCUGAAUUAGAUGGUCGUAUUUUAGAUAUGAUGUAUCGAUGCUUAAUUUUUCUUAGACAGACUGGCCUUUGGGAGCAAAUGUGGGAAAUCCUACGGUUAAAUUUAUGUUUAAAUCUUAAUUUAGAUAAAGAAGGUUUACGUUUCCAAGGAUCAAUUGAUGAAAGAAAAUUAAUUGGAAUGGAAGAAGUGAUAUUAACAUCGAGAUUACCAUUAAAUCAAUUGUGGUUAAGGGUAGAAUCGCUUAGAGAGAGUUGUCAUUGGAUAAGUGUAAGCAGUGAAGAGCUCGAACUAGUAGGUGAUUCUCGAAGAUUUGUUUUACCAGAAGAUGUGGCGGACUAUGUUCAUCCGAUGAUAUCACGCAAUUCGAAUUUCAGAAUGGCAAUAUAUGCUCUCCUCUGUUUAAAAGUUCCACUUUUACCAUCUCGUCAUAUGAUGUUCAAGGAUUUAGGUUUAGCUGAACUGAAUUGGAGUGCUGAUUCUUCGGAAGUGUUACUGCCAUUAACAUAUCCUGAAAUUGGAGAGAUGGCUGGCUAUAAGCAAAGAAAGGCUUUAUUGGAAGGAGUAUUCGAGGGUGGAUUGACAUCGGGUCCACAAUACCUGAGGUUUCAUCCAGCCCAAGAGCCCUUUCUGGAUUUUCUAAGAAAUACAUUUCGGUCUGUAGCGGAAGGUUUGCCUAAUAUCCAACGUACAAGUAUCUAUGUUUGGUGGUUGAGAUUUGAAAGAUUGCUGGUGCAUCUUAACAAAGAUGAUCCUCUUAAAAGCGACAGCAGAGACAAGAAGCUCAAGACCAUCUUGAAGGAUUUCUUAAAAAAAGAAGAGAACAGAAAUAAUUUACACUUCUAUCGAGAGUAUGCCUUGAUAGAACGAGAAAUGGGCCGUUUUGAUCAGUGCAUAAAUAUACUAAAAACUGCCAUUCAAUUACAAAAUGAUAAUCCAGGGUCAGUUUCAAAUUAUGAAGAAAGAGCGGCUCUUUUCAGUAUUUACAGGACCCUUAUUGAAACUUUACUGAAUACUGAAACAUAUCAAGAAUCACAUAAGGAUCGUGCACUUGAAAUUUUUUGUCAAAUGAUUCCACAACCAAACAAGUCUUCUUUAGCAGAAGUUGAAGAAUAUUUGUUUGAUAACGUGCAACAAUUUUUGCAGACACCUAUACCUCAAUUUAUAGAAGAGACGUAUUUCUUACCAAACUUGGAAUGUGACUUGAUUAUGUGUUAUAUUUACUUUCUAUAUGUGAAUCAACGUAAUAUUUAUGACAUUUUAACAAUUUUUAAGAAUUGUCUUGAACACAGUAAUGAAUGUUUGCAUCUUCAGGAAAGAUUAUACGAAGGUGAAAUAGCACUCUUGCAGUUAUAUUGUGAACAAAAUCUAAGGUGUCGAUCUAUAUACAGAACGGUUAUAAAUUGUGCUUUAAAUGCUUAUCCAGAUAAUUUCUACAUACUAUCGGCAUUUGCUGAAAUGGAGAGUAGUUUGCCGUUAUGGAAGAUAAACAGAACAAGCAACAAUAAACGACUAUGGAAGUCAAUAGUGACAUGUCUAGCGGGACGUGUUCAGAUUAAUAAUCUACGGAAUACAGGACAUUUGAUGAAAUUGAAUCCAGCAUUCAACAAGUUGUUAUCUAUUCAUCAAAGAUUAGCAAAGGCACGUGAAACGCAACAUUGUCCACUAUUAUGGAGGCUGUACAUGUUACUACUCAGAGAACAUAAUUUAUGUGAGAAAAAAGGAGAAGAGGUAUAUCAUGAAAGUAUUGCAAAUUGUCCAUGGGCAAGAGGCAUCUAUACAGAUGCAGCUGAGGUCGCACCUCAACUCCUUACCCAAAUCCAAGAUAUUAUUCGGGAAAAAGAACUGAGGAUGCAUGUGACUCCAGAAGAAUUGGAUAUUUUAAGAGGGUAAUAUUUUCAUAAGAGGGAAAUAUUCAUUUCAG